UGACGAUCUACUUAUCUGCAACAUAAAAUAUCCAUAUCCUGGUGCGGGGAAUAAAAUCCUCCACUUGCCUCCCUUGGGGCCUCUCAAAUAGGCAGUUGGUGUGGAACGUUGCAAUCAAAUUGGUCGUUGCUUUGACCACAUAUGUAUAUCUUACCUCCCCGUCCCCAAAACUUGCUUUUACGUAGCUUCGAUGAAGACAACCCGGCUACACGGCUCGCCAACACGUGCCUUCUCAUUUACCUAGGUCACAUAUCAGACCUGAGUAAAGAAUAGGCGCGCAUUUCCCCAUCAAUCGCGUAAUUUUCGUAACGCCACGCAAUAAUGAUGAGGAGCGCAAUCGUCAGUGGCGUUCUCGCCGCGAGCCUGGCAUGCGCCCAGUCUCAAAAUGAGACGGGGCAGCAUCCUGGAUGGCCGCGAUGGUGUGGAAAGGUUUACGAACCCGGAUAUCCCGCUUUUGAACCUGGCGGCGAAACGACUGAGCCUGCUCCCAUCAACUCAGACGGUUCACCAAACCUAUAUGUGCAGUUGAAGCCGCGGCAUAGCAUCUACCUGGCUGGAGAGGGAAAGGGCUCCUUUGUCGUCAACGCAGCGCUGUCGCCUUGGUAUGGGGAACCGUGGACGAACUCCACGACAGACGGAUCAGCAACAGAACCAUUCACAGAGUUGUUCUUCUCAAUCAGCCUAGCAUCAGACAACAGUGCCGGCGGACCGAUAAUUAAGGGUAGCGCGCCGAUCAACGCGACAGCAGCCGUCUUCGACUUUGACCUGUCUGGUCUCGAGCCGCGCCUAGCUCCUUACGAUAUCGUGCUCUUCGGGAAUUCAAAGUUCGGCGAACAGAGCUACAUGGCAAAUAGCUCGUUCCGGUAUCUGCCGGACAUUGCCCCGGGAGGGAGCGCGACGAAGAUCGACAAUUUGAAUGGCGGACUGCUGUUCCGGAACGCGCAGACGGGUGGCGCUUUCGAGCCGCUGCUACCGUAUGGGUUUUACGGGUUGUAUAAUGGGUCUAACAGCACGGCAGAAAGUCAGGCGUUUGUGAGCGAGUACUCUAGCGACGGAAAGGGCCUCAACGGAAUUAUCUCCCUCGCUGGAUUCGCCGACACGAACCCGGUGUAUAACAGCAUGGAUGCGUCGAGCAUGCGUUUCAUGUUUGACCUGCGUAGCUCUUACAAGAACCUGACUGAUGUUGAGCAGCGGGUGAACAUUGCUAAAAACCACAGCUCACUUUUCGCAUAUUGGACAGCUGACGAGCCCGAUGGUUGGCAAGUCCCCUUCGAAGUCACCCCCGCGGCACAGGAGCUGAUUCACGAACUUGACCCGUAUCACCCGGUAGCGGUGACGCUUAACUGUCAAGAUUACUACUUUGGAGAGUAUUCCGGUGGCGGAGAUAUCUUAAUGGCGGACCCGUACCCGAUCGCGAUCAAUAGUACGUUCUCGAAAUGGGGUACGGCGUGUAAUACGACACUUGGGGAUUGCGGUUGCGACAACUGUAAAGGAAACGUACAGGAUGUGUCAAGCCGCCUCGACGAUUUAAUCCAGUAUGAAAAAUGGCUGGGCCGCUGGCCUCUCCCUAAGUUCAUCAACCCACAGGCCUUCUACGGCGAAGACUAUUGGUUCCGAUACCCGACUACUGCCGAGGCCUUCGUCAUGAACUCUCUCGCCUUCAACCGCGGCGUCGCGGGUACCUUCGCUUGGACAUGGCCGACUAGCCAGGAGUUAUUUGAGGCUCACUCGCAGAUGGCGGCCGUAGUCACUAACGCACCUGUGCGUGACUUCCUACUAGGCGGUCAACCUGACGGUAACACCAAUGUUGCUGACGAGCCGCUCGUCGACGUAGCUUACUGGGUAAAAGGAGGGCAGAUGAUGGUAAGCGUUGUGAAUGGAGCGUCUGACGACUUGACAGGUCCAGUCACCUUGGGGUUGCCAGUGACUGCUGCUAGCAUCUCAGCCGUGCCGUUCGGCGGAUUACCGUGGGGAUUAUCUGAUGGGCAGUUGACGAUAGAAACACUUCCUGCCAUGUCAGCUAGCUUCGUCAUUCUCGACUUGAAAUAAGUCAAUGUCAUACAAUGAUUAUUAUAACCUAAUAAGGCACCUGACGAGAUCGCGUCAACCUGCAAUAGUUGUCUUGGAGGUAAUAUUCCAACCAAUUACGGCUGAAUAGCGCUGCGCGUCUAUGAUUUCUGAUAGUAUAGUGGUAUUGUGACACCACAUCUGCAACCGAUAGAACCGGCCAGAGCAACAUCGCCACUCCAUCAAUCCAGUCAAUCCAUGGUGGCGCAAGUAGGUAUCACCCAGUGGACGGCUGCAGAUAGCCCACAGACGCGCACUAUACGAUAUACGAUAUCUUGUCACAACACCGAUGCGGGGUUCCCCUUUUAGUCAAUUCAGAAGCUUCGAAUGUGAGUCUGGACGUGCUUAUUAGUGUUUAUGUAUC